GGAUUCUGGCUGGAGUCUGGCGAUUCAGGCACUGGUGUUCCAAACAUGGCGACGGUGGGGUAUGAAUCUAAAGACGGCUCUCAAUCGGAUUUGUCGAAAUCUCCAGUUUUUACGAACGAGACAGUCCAAAAUAUAAAAGAACAUGAAAGUACAGGAAUUCCUUUACAAACACCAUGGACUUUUUGGCUCGACAAGGCGAUUUCUGGAACCACUACCGAGGAGUAUAAAGCCAAUUUGAAGAAAAUAUACACUGUAAAUACUGUACAAAGUUUUUGGGCCGUUUUUAAUAAUAUUCCAAACCCUGCAGAAAUCCAGAUCAGAUACAGUUACCAUAUGAUGAGAGAUGACAGAUAUCCAUUAUGGGAGGAACCGGUGAAUCAGAAGGGUGGAACCUGGAGGCUGAAAUGCCACAAAAGCGACACUGCCAAAGUCUGGAAAGAGGUCGUGCUUGCUGCCAUUGGGGAACAAUUUUCGGAAAGCUUAGCCGAAGGAGACGAAGUUUGUGGAGUUACUGUAUCGAUCAGAGACAGAGAUGAUUUGGUCCAGAUUUGGAACGAAAAUGCCAACUUAGCUGCAAAAGCCACGGUUCUGCAAAAAAUCCAUCGACUAUUACCGGAUGUUGAUUUUCCGGGAGAAUUUUAUAAGCCGCACCAGUCACAUCACGCAUACGGACGUCGUUGAUUUAUUAUUGAAAUGAAAAAUGUAAGUGAUUUAUUAACCGAUGAAUAGAUUGUAAGUCAAAUAUAAGUACAUAUAUACGUAAUAAAAUUUACACGUGACGAUUUUUUUAAA